GGGAAGCUGUGAGAGGAAUGACAGCAGGAAGGCCUCUCUGAGGAGGUGACAUCUGAGCAAAUGAGGGGAUGAGCCGUGUGGACUUCAGCAGGAUCAGCAUUCCAGGCAGAGGGAACAGCAAGGACAAAGGCCUGAGGUCCAGAGCAGAGCAAGGACCCGAGCAAGCGAGCGAGCAGACCAGGCAGCCCCCAGCGGGAUGAAGGCGCUCACGGCUGUCCUGUUGGCCCUGCUGUUGUGCCGGCAGCCAGGGAGUGGGCAGGUGCAGGACGAGGAGGAUGAAGACACGGACCUUGAGGUGGAGGACUUUGAGGACAACGAGGACGAGGACGAGGACGAGGAGGAGGCCAGCAUGACUGCAGGCAGCAGGGGCACAGCGCUGCUGCGCUGCUACUCCUGCCAGGCCCUGCACGGCGAGGAGCGCUGCAACCAGACGCAGAGCUGCAUCCUCAGGCAGGCCUUCUGCAAGACCCUCCUCUCCCACGGGAACACGGAGUUGGGUCCCCUGACCACCUACUCAGCAUGGUGUGCGGACAUGUGUCAACCCAUCAACAAGACAGUGGAAGAGACUGUGAUAACCAUGACCUGCUGCCAGUCCAACCUGUGCAACGUCCCACCCUGGCAGGACCCACUGGGCAGGGGGGCAGGCAGCCCCCAGGGUAGCCCCACAACUGUGGCUCCCGCCCUUCUGCUGGGCCUCCUUGCCAGCCGUCAGGCAAUGGGGUCCUGAAUGCUGUGGUCCCACCCCCAGCCCAGCCCAGCUUAUACCCUGGCUGGUCAGCACUCUGUCCAGUGCCUUCCCCUCCCGCCGCCCCCAUCUCUGGAGAAUAAACAUGGAGUGUCUUUAA